AUGGGACAAAAAGUGCUUGGCUAUGGUCAUUAUGCACCAGAUCAGACUAACAUAGUGGGUAUGCAGACUCAGCAAGGAAAUGUACCAUUUACUAGAGACCAGUACAAUCAGAUUGUGCAAAUGCUGAGCCAAGGCAGCUUCACAAGCAUUGGAAAUGCUUCAGCAAGUGUAAAUGUGGCAACUGCUUCCACUACAUCAAAUGAUGUAGCAGGAGCAUCAAAUCAUAUGGCAUCUGAUCUUGAGUUGCUAGAUAAAGCAACAAUAACUAAAUCUGUGUGUCCUCAUAGAGUGCAUCUACCAAAUGGUAAAGUAACUCAAGUUACGCACACAGGUGCAAGUACUAUAUCUAAAAGAAGCACUAAUCUCUUCACUGAGAGGGUGAAGGAGAUUGGUAAAGUGGACAAUGGAUUAUAUCUUUUGCUGAAUCACAAUGACAUUCAACUAGUCAAUCUAGUAACAGCUCAUCAUUCUUCUUCAACAACCUACAAAAUGGAUAUAGAUAUCAAUCUCUGGAAUAAGAGACUAGGACACACUUUAUCUGUAGUUUUAAAUAAACUGUUUGCUAUUAGUGUGCAGCAUAUUAAGGAAAAAAUUAUCAACUGCUCAGUUUGUCCUUGUGCUAAACAAAUAAGACUACCUUUUCCUUCUAACAGUAUCAAGAGUAAUAGUAUAUUUGAUCUGAUUCAUAUAGAUGUGUGGGGACCUUAUAAGUAUUUUCUGCAAUAUGUGAUCACUCAAUUUACUAAGUCUGUAAAAAUAGUAAGUACUGAUAAUGGAACUGAAUUCCUUAACACUUCACCAUAUGAGAAGUUAUACAAGAAAAAACCUACUAUUCAUCACUUAAAGAUACUAGGUUGCCUGUGUUAUGCAAAAAUAGUUAAUCAACAUGAUAAACUCAUGUCUAGAACUAAAGCAUUUAUUCCUAUGGGAUACUCAGACUUGCAGAAAGGAUAUGUACUAUUUGACUUAGCUAAUUCAGCCUUCUUUGUAAAUAGGGAUGUUAUCUUCAAUGAGACAGUAUUUCCAUUUCGAAAGACAACAACAGUGGAUCCUCCUUUUAUUCAUAAUCCUUCAGGCUCAUAUGAUGAAGAGUGGAAUCCUAGUUUUAUUCAGUUCAACAACAAUGCUGAUCUACCUACUGAUGCAUAUACUGACAACAUUCCUGUGAUGAAUAACAUUAUACCAACUGAAGUUUCACACAACCCUAUAAUCCAACAACAACAACCACAAAUACCUCAAAAUCCAGCUCCACCUCAACCACAACCAUCAGUUCCAGAUCUCAAUGCACAACAACAAUCACAAGUCCAAGAUCAUAUGAUACACCAACAACCUGUAGUUGAAAGAAGGUCAACUAGAGGGAAACAACCUCCUAUUUGGAUGAAAGAUUUUGCAAAUGUUGAUGUUGAAAGGUUCAAGGCUAGGCUAGUUGCAAAGGGAUAUAGUAAAAAAGAGUGCAUAGACUACCAGGAAACAUUUUCACCAGUGGUCAAGAUGGUAAUAGUGAGAAGUGUGUUGGCAUUAGCUGAAUCUUAG